CUAAUCUGGGCAAGGCAGAGGCAGAGCGCAGUCUUCUCUCGGACGCUGUUGCCAACUUUGGAGCUCCGCGCUGAGUUUCUAAGUUUGCCAGGCAGGCAGGCAAGGGGUUAAGGCAGGGCUCGUCGGCUCCAGUGGUGGCACCUGUCAGUGGGAGGGAGCUAGUGGAGAGAGGGAGAGAGGGAGAAAGAAAAGAGCGAGGGACUGGAGUGAGUUUUGCCAGAGUCUCCGGCAAAGCAGGGAAGCAGACAGGAGGCAGCCCCAUGGAGCUCUCCAACUGCAGAGGUUGAGACAGUGGGGCUGUUCCUGCUUCCUUUUUUUCCUGUUUUGCCCAUCCAUGCCUGGCUGGAAGGAGGCGGCCAGAUGGAACCUGGAAAGGGGAGAUCCUAGGAAGCCAGAGGCCAGAUUAUAAACAGCAGCAGCAGCAGCAGCAAGGAAGCACAACAGAUUUAGCCAGAUAUCGAUAAGAGGAGGGGAAAGGCGGAGGAGAGGCUGAAAAGAAAAUGCAGCUGACACGGUGCUGUUUCAUAUUCCUCAUCCAAGGGAGCAUCUAUCUGCUGGUGAUUUGUGGCCAAGACGAGGCAACAGAGGAAGAGGAGGAGGAAAGUGGGAAGUCGCCCAAAGAGCAACCAAGAUCCCGGGUACAAAAGAAAAAAGGCCAGCUCUCCUUGAAACCUUCUGCAGCCCAAUCUCACUUCCAAAACACCAGUCUCCUGGAGUUGGCCUCCAACAACGCCCAAGAGUUUUGGGACGUCUUAGAGAGCUUGUCCAAGCACAGCCAGGGCGUGCAGCCCCGCGGCCGGAGGGACUCCGUCGGCAACCCCGGCCGGCUCAAGAAAAUAUUUGGCUGGGGUGAUUUCUACUCCAACAUUAAGACGGUAAAGCUGAACCUCUUGAUCACAGGGAAAGUGGUCGACCACGGGAACGGCACAGUCAACGUCUUCUUCCGGCACAACUCCACCGGGCAGGGGAACAUCUCCGUCAGCCUGGUGCCCCCCAACAAAGCUGUGGAGUUUGACCUCGAACAGCAGAUCUUCAUUGAGGCCAAAGAAUCCAAGAUCUUCAACUGCCGGGUGGAGUACGAGAAAGUGGACAAAGCCAAGAAGACCACCCUGUGCACUUAUGACCCUUCCAAAACCUGCUUCCUGAACCACACGCAGAGCCAGGUCUCCUGGGUUUGCUCCAAGCCCUUCAAGGUCAUCUGUAUCUAUAUCACCUUCUACAGCAUAGACUACAGGCUCGUGCAGAAAGUGUGUCCCGACUACAACUACCACAACAAUGUUCCUUAUUACCCCUCCGGGUGACCACCUACCUUUCCCAUCUCAGAAGCGUCCUGUAUCCCAAGUACAACUUUGAUUUGGGGUUGGGCAAUGAAGGAAGGGGUGGGGCUGCAAGCAGGGAGGAGGACCUCUGCAGCACCAGACACAGUGGCAAAGCCCCCAGCAUCUGCUGAAAGGCAGGGGGGUUGGGGGGGGUUGAGAGUCCCCAAGCAAGCAUACCAUCCUGGAAACACCUUUCCCACCCGCUCACCUGUCCGCCAGCUUUCAUGCAUUCAGGGCUAGCCCAAAACAUGCAAGUGCUCCAAGUGGGAAACCCAAGUUGUGCUCCUGCCCCCAUCCCUACUGUUUAACAAGUGGGACAUUUCCUCCCAGCAUGGGAUUCUGCUGUGUGAGCCUCAAAUGGGGCUUGCGCAGGAGGAAACCGCUCCCUGCUCCCAGAGCAAGGCACGGCCUCUCCGUUCCUCAGCCGGUGGGUGUCGUGGUCUUGUUGCUGAGCAACAACGUGCAGAGCUUAGGGGAGUGGGAGACCAGCCAACCAGAAGAGUCUCUUAGAGGGAAUUUGCCUGGAGGCAGAGUCAGCAUCCAAAGUCAAGUCCGGUCCUAGGGUUGCGGGGACAGCAAACCAUGCGGUCAGACGGUCCAGGGGUCAGGAAACCCGAAGAUCAAGGGUCAAGAUGAGCAACAAGGCAGGGCCAGGAACUACAAGUGUUGUUUCCAGCACCUGACUGCUGCUGGAAGCUCUGCUGAAGAAGGCUGAAGCCAGCUGGUUCUCAUCAGCGCCUUCUCCUGUAUCCUGGAAGGCUGGUCAGCUGCAGAUGGAGUCUCUCUGCCUUCUCCCCCUUCAGGCUGCCGUUCAGCAGGUGAAGCUGGCUCCUGGCCCAUGAUACUGGGCAGUGGGAGGGUGCCCAGCUCCAGCAAAGGGGACACUUAGGAGCUCAUUUUAAGCUCCUUCAAAGAUACAUCCACCCCACACCUGAAAUCACAUAUGAUGUCAGAUGUGGGGUGGAUGGGCGUGGUUUCAAGGGGAAUGGACUUGCAGGCCAAAUUGGGAUUCCCAGUGAGCCACAACUGGCCCAUGGUCAGAGAUUCAUCACCCCUGGAAUAAAGGAUGGGUCAGAUCACUUAGUUUCUUAGUCUGCUGACCAUAAUGGCUCCCAAAAGACAUCACUUCAGGCUUCAUGUCCCUCCACCCACUGGAUUGGAAACAGGAAAUGUGGAUUGAAUUACUAGAACAUUUCGGGUUCCAAAAGGGCCCUUGCUGAAUCAUACACCGCCCAUUCAGUUCCCUGGUAUAUAGAUGGGAGAGCCUGGCUUCCCCUUCUUUCCCCAUUUAAUUGUCCCUAAGCCCUCCUCCCCCAUGACCUUGUUUUGGCCAAGUCCUAGCCACCUUGACGGGUAAAGUUUUCUAGCAGAGGCCUCUGAAUAUAAUUUAUCUGCUUCUAUAGAAUAUCCAUCAAGCAACCAAGGGCUUGGGGGCAAGGAGCAGCGCAGGAAACAAAUGCGACCCAAAUAAAUUAGUAGCACUGUCACUCCAUUUAGAAGAAAUCACAGUUCGUUUAGUACGCGGAACUUAAAACAAAUGGUCGGCAUUUGCAUAAAGCCAAGUGGGACGGAGGCAUUGAGAGGUGGGGCAGCGAUCACAGCGCUCUAACUCAGAUCUAUCACCCCCGGGGGCCCGGAAACCCCAAAUCUAAUUUCCGUGGUGAUGAGAAGAAAGCAAAGAGGAAGCCAGCUCCUGAUUCUGCAUCCUCAUGCUGUGCUGGCAAGUUGGCAAUUUCCACUUAAAAGAAGGCAUAUGCUUCCUCCUUUCUUAUGCCUACCAGAGAAUAUGCCUUUUCAAGAUUUUGCCACCCUCCUCCAUUGCUGCUGGGUGAUGUUGCACAGACCACAGCAAACACCAUCUAAGGUAAAAGGUAAAGGACCCCUGGACGGUUAAGUCCAAUCAAAGGCGACUAUGGGGUUGCAGCGCUCAUCUCGCUUUCAGACCAAGGGAGCCGGCGUUUGUCCACAGACAGCUUUCUGGUUCAUGUGGCCAGCAGGACUAAACCGCUUCUGGCACAACAAAACACCCUGACGAAAACCAGAGCACACAGAAACGCCGUUUACCUUCCCGCCGCAGUGGUACCUGUUUAUCUACUUGCACUGGCGUGCUUUCGAACUGCUAGGUUGGCAGGAGCUGGGACAGAGCAAUGGGAGCUCACCAUGUCACGGGGAUUAAAAUAGGCUCAGUGGUUUAGACCACAGUGCCACCCACGUCAGGGGAAAGAGGGACGCGGGUGGCACUGUGGUCUAAACCACUGAGCCUCUUGGGCUUGCCGAUCAGAAGGUCGGCGGUUCGAAUUUAGUCGAAUUUAGGUCGGACUUAACCAUCUGGGGUCCUUUACCUUUAAACACCAUCUAGAAGCAGGGGAAACAAAAUUAAAAAAUUCCUUCCAGUAGCACCUUAGAGACCAAGUUUGUUAUUGGUAUGAGCUUUCGUGUGCAUGCACACUUAAGCUCAUACCAAUAACAAACUUAGUUGGUCUCUAAGGUGCUAGUGGAAGGAUUUUUUUUUUAUUUUGUUUCGACUACGGCAGACCAACACGGCUACCUACCUGUAACUAAAAGCAGGGGGUCACCUUUGGCUCUCCAGAUGUUGAGGGACUACAAUUCCCAUCUGCCCCUGUCAGCAACAGCCCAUGGUCAACAGCUGGAGGUGCCACAGGGACCCCAUUUCUGGUGUAAGGAACAAGGCAUCCAUAUUAGAAGAGGCAUCCCUCCUUCUCGGAGAAGGAAUGAGGAAAUGCUUCUCCCCAGUUCUGUCUUCCUCUUCUAACGUGGGGCCUGGUGUCAGGGUUGCCUCCAGGAAAAAUGACAAGGUGGGGCAUUUGCCAGCCCUCCCCACCCCCGCCAAGACAAGCAGAAGGCCCCCCGCUCUCUCGGUGCUACCAUUUCUAGCUGAGGCAGAGUAUUCAAAAGAGCAGUUGCCUACAAGAACUCGGUUUGCACAACUCAACUCUACCAGGUUAGGAAGGCAAACUGGAGAUGCCAUGCCAACCCACUGGAACUCAUGCGGUCUGCUGCCCUCAUCUUUUAACUACAUGUAUUUUAUUUUAAAACCACCCCUGAUUCUAUUAAAAUAAUUAAUGGACUGGGUGCCACAGCUCUAUGAAAGACCUAUUAUUAUUAUUAUUAUUAUUAUUAUUAUUACUAUUACUACUACUACUAUUACUCAUCCUUCACCCUAAGGUCCCAGGGUGGACUACAGCAUUAAAAACAAUAUCAAAAACAACCUAGAACCAUAAAAAGGUAGGUCCUACAAGCAUACACCUCUCAAGUGUUAAAAGGCAGGAGAAAGAGGUACG